AUGAACAGCGAGAUCACGAAGGCCGAGAUUGCCGAGACCUGCAUCCAUCAGCUCAUCUCCAAACAUGUUCGCUCUAGUCCCAACGACGAGGCUGUCGCCUCAUCCUCGGGCGAAUCUCUGACCUACUCGGCUCUCGAUGAUGCCGCCGAGCGCGUCGCCCACCAGCUGCGGGCUCACGGUGCGGGUCCGGAGCGGUUCGUUGUCGUCUGUUUCGAGAAAUGUAUCUGGACAGUUGUCGCCAUCUACGCCAUCCUGAAAGCCGGAGCCGCCUUCGUGCUCCUCGACCCGGCGCAUCCCGACGAGCGGCUCCGCAUCAUCGUCCGCAAGACAGGAGCGGAAGUAGCCAUUACCUCGGCAACUUGCCACCACCGCCUCGCCUCGCUCGUCCACACUGCCUUGACCCCCACCACUACCGCCUCGCCCGCCUCAAGCAGCACCAGCAUCAGCAGCAACAGCAGCGACCAUGACCCACAGCAGCAAGAAGUCCGCCCCAGCAACCUCGCCUACGCCGUCUUCACGUCCGGCAGCACCGGCGAGCCGAAAGGCGUGCUCGCCACGCACAGCAACUUCUUCCACUUCAUCACACGCUUCGACGCGUCCAUCAUGGAGAUGCUGGGCGCGCUGGCGGGUGGCGGGACCGUGUGUGUCGUGUCGGACGCCGAAAGGCUGGACGGCGGGGCGCUGGUGGAUGCGGCGCGCCGGCUGCGCGUGAGCUGGACGUUUCUGACACCGACGGUGCUGGUGAAGCUGUUGCCGCCGGAGUCCGAGGACGCGGGCUCCCGGGACGAAGACGGGGGCAGCAUCAUCCCCUCCCUCCGCACGCUCGUUGCCGGCGGCGAGGCUAUGGUGCCGGCCGUGGUCGAGCGGUGGGCGCACCGGGUCGAGCUGGUCAACGGCUACGGGCCGACCGAGACGAGCAUGAUCUGCGUGUCGAGGCCGGUGCCGCCGCUGCGGGCCGGGGCCGACCCUGCGAACAUCGGCCGGUGCCUGGUCGGGCGCGGCUGGCUGGUGGAUCCGGACGAUGACGGGCGGCUGAUCGCCGACGGCGACGACAGCGUCGGCGAGCUGCUGCUCGAGGGGCCACACGUGGGGCGCGGCUACGUGCAUGAUCCCGAGAGGACAGCGGCGGCGUUCAUUGGGAGGCCUGCGUGGCAUGAGAGGCUGUUCCCAUAUGAGGCGGGUCCGCACGCAUUCUACAAGAGCGGUGAUCUCUGCCACCGGGCGCCCGAUGGCUCGUACGUCUACGUCGGCCGCAAGGACCGGCAGGUCAAGAUUAACGGGCAGCGCACGGAACUGGGGGAGAUUGAGCAGGCGUUCCGGCAGUAUCUGGGAGCUUCUGAGCACAUCUCUGUGGAGCUGAUUAAGCAGGCGACCGGCACGUCGACACUGGUCGGGUUCGUUACGCUGGGCGACGACGGCGGGGGGAACGGCGCGGAGAUGCAGGAGCGCGUCAAUGUGAGGAUGGCCGAGGUGCAGAAGCGCGCUGCGGAAGUGCUGCCGGCUUUCAUGGUGCCGAGAGUCUACGUGGCGGUGCCUGAGCUUCCGCUGACAAUGACCGGGAAAUUGGAUCGGAAGCAGCUCCAGGCGCUAGGGGCGGCACGGCUCUCAGCGGUGUUGCCGAAGCCAAUCGAGCGUGAGGCGAGCGCAACCGAGGCAGCACUCCGGGCGGUGUGGAGCAAUGUGCUCAACAUAUCGCAGGAGGCUAUUGGGUUGCGGAAGCCAUUCCAGAGCUUCGGAGGUGAUUCCAUUUCCGCCAUGCAAAUUGUCGCGCAGGCGAAGAGCAUUGGCCUCAGGCUCUCGGUGCAGCAGGUUCUUCGCCUGAGAACGGUCGAAGCGCUGGCUGGACUGGCAGACGGGAAUGCGGCGCUGGUGGCGAAUGAAGUGGAGGAGGCCGAGGUCGAGGAGGAGCUCGACACACCCUUCAAGCUCUCACCCAUCCAGCAGCUCUUCUUCGACAUCUCCCCCAAGGGCGAGAAUCAUUACAACAUCAGCCAGCUCGUCAGGGUCACGGAGCAGAUCAAGCCGGACGCUCUCGUGGCAGCACUCAAAGCUGUUGUGGCUCGGCAUGGCAUGUUGCGAGCGCGCUUCUUUGCAGACAGAAAGGGCCGGUGGUUCCAGUCCAUCAGCGACGACGUCGAAGGUUCCCUGAAAGUCGAGUUCCACAACUCGUUCGACUGGGCUGAGCUGAUGCCGCUCAUUUCAAAGAGUCAGCGGAGCAUCGACAUUGAAGAUGGCCCUUUGCUGCGCUGUGACUUGAUCCAGGCCGAAGAGGAGCAGUUGCUCUUCUUGUGCGGGCACCACCUUGUAACGGAUUUUGUCUCGUUCCGAGUCAUGUUGCUGCAAGUGGAGCAGAUCCUGAGAUCUGGAGAAACAGAACUUCCGCGGGCCUACUCCUUCCCCAGGUGGCUGAAGCAGCAGGAAAGACAUGUCAACAGUCUUGCAAAGGCGGCGACACGGGCGCCGUACGAUCUUCCGGUCCCCGAUCUGGGGUUCUGGGGUCUGUCGGGCGAAACCAACGUCUGGGGAGACAUUGCGGUGGAGAAGCUGGCAAUCAGUCAGAGUAUGUCGGCGAAGAUAACGGGCGGGGAGCUGCAGGCAAGUACUGCGGACAUGCUGCUGGCGGGCGUGAUUCACGGGUUCCGGGUGGCAUUCCCCGAACGGGAAAUGCCGGCCUUCUACGUCGAGGGCCAUGGCAGGGAGCCUUGGAACGACCACAUCGACCUCUCUCAAACCGUGUCUUGGUUCACCACCAUCACGCCCGUGCUUGUGGCGUCGGCAAACCAGGAUGAUCCCAUGAGCACGCUCUUGGACACUCAGGACGCACGCGAGCGCUUCGCUGGAAAUGGGUUGCCUUGGUUCGCAUCCAGUAUCUACGGCAGUAAGCAGCGCAGCCAUGACAUGGAAGUCAGCUUCAACUACGCAGGGGCAUACCAGCAGCUGGAACGGGCGGAAGCUUGCUUCCAAGCAAUGCCCGACUUCGACCUCUUGAGCUUGGAUGGGAUGAGCCCGACACUGCGGCGAUUCGGGGUCAUCGACAUCUGGGGAGACGUCAGGCACGGCGAGAUUGUACUCUCCUUCGUCUACAACCGGAAGAUGAAGCACCAGGACCGCAUUGGAAAAUGGGUUCGGGAGUCAGAGAGGGCGAUUGCGUCGAUUGUGAAGCAGCUCUCGGCAGGCGAAGCAGCUGGGAAGCAGCCGUCGUUUCCACUACUCGGGAUACCGCCCUCCAAGGUUGCUGGCUUUCUCGACUCGGUGCGGCAGCGCAUCGGACACGACGAAAUUGAAGACAUAUACCCGUGCACGCCAGCGCAGCACGCCUUCAUGCUCAGCCGCAUUAGCGGAAGAGGGCGGCACGAAGCAGGAUUCAUCUUUGAGCUGCAGUCGCAGCAACACAUAGACACAAGCAGGAUCCGGGCGGCAUGGCAGUCGGUAGUGAAUCGGCACGCGUCGCUGCGGACCGUCAUCAUCGAGAGCAGCCGAGGCGACGGCACGUUCGACCAGGUGGUGCUGGCAAAUUUCGAGCCUGCAGUGGUAGAAGUGGCGGGAAUGAGCGUGCAGGAGCUGGACGCACUGCCGAUGGUGGAUUGGGUGGCAGGGCGGCCGGAGCAACAGCUGACAAUCUGCCGGCUCUCUCCAACUGUGGCCGUGGUGCGGCUCGACAUCAACCACGUGCUAGUCGACGGCCUCUCGUCGCAGCCGCUGCAGCGCGACCUGGAGCUGGCGUACGACGGGCUUCUGGACUCGCUUCCGCCGGCGCGAUGGCGCGACUGCGUGGCACAUGCGCUGGGCGGAGCGGCGUCGUCGGAGAGCGCGCUGCGCUUCUGGACGGCGCGGCUUGCAGGGGUACCACCGUGCCCAUUUCCGCUGCUCGCCGACGACUUUGAUGGACGCGACGAGCGAAUGACGGUCGAGGUGCGGCUUCAUGAUGCGCAGGCGCCGGUGCGCUUCUGCCGUGAGCGGGCGUUGACCAUGGCGGACCUGGCGAAAGCGGCGUGGGCGCUGGUGGUGAGGCGCUACACGGGCAGCGGGCAGCCGUGCUUCGGGUGCGCCAACAGCGGGCGCGACAUCGAAAUCGAGGGCGCAGGCGACAUCGUGGGCCUGUUCGCCAACGUGACGGUAUGCAUGGUGCGCGUCGACGAGGCGGCAACGGGCGAGGACUUGCUGCAGCAGGCGCAGGAAGGGGCGCUGGACGAGUUGCCGCACCGGGCGUGCUCGCUGAUUGAGAUCGGACACGCGCUGAAUGUGGCCGUUGACGGCUUUGUCAACACGACGCUGUCGGUGCAGAAGCGCGAGGGCGCGCAGCCGGUGGGCACGGGCCGGUCGGUGGCGGUGCGCGAGAUCGGCCAGGUCGACGACAACGGCUCUGGCGUCAUCGGCGUCGCCUGCACCACCAUCCAAGACCACGAGCUCGAGCUCGCCCUCGAGUGCCGCCAAUCGCUCAUUUCGCACGCCCACGCCGACAAUGUCGCCGCCACCUUCGCCCACAUUCUCGACCAGCUUGUGCGCGAGCCCCAGCUGCCCGCCGCCCGCCUGGCCACUCUCAGCCCCCGCGACGCGUCCCAAAUCCGCCGCUGGAACCGCGCCCAUCACGCGUCACGAGAUGCCUGCAUCCAUUCUGUAGUCGCCGAGCACGCCUACCACCAUCCAGACCGUAGUGCCGUUGAUGCUUGGGAUGGCUGCUUCACCUACGCCCAGCUGGAUACCCAAGCCGAAAGGAUGGCUGCCCACCUGACUCAGCUUCACGUCGGCCCCGAGACCCUAGUGCCUGUUCUGAUGGAAAAGUCCCUGUGGACCAUCGUCUCCAUGCUGGCCGUCCUCAAGGCCGGUGCUGCCUUUGUGCCGCUUGCCCCCGACAGCCCGCUCGAGCGCCUGCAGCACCAGCUCCAAGACACGCGCGCCACCCUUGUCCUGACUUCCCCCCGCCACAAACACGUGCUCGAUGGCAGUAUCCAGCAGGUCGUAGUGUCUAAGGACUUUGUUGAGAGCCUGCCACUCCCCGAGCAGCCCGUCGAAUCGGCCGUGACUCCUGCAAAUGCCGCAUAUGUCAUCUACACCUCCGGCUCCACCGGCCGCCCCAAGGGCAUUGUGCUGGAACACCGCCACGCCCUGUCUAGCGCUGCCGGCUACACCGCCGCCCUUGGCAUGGGUCCCCAAUCGCGCACUCUUCAGUUUUCUGCCUACACCUUUGACAUCAGCAUCGCCGAGAUCUGGGGCACUCUGACCGUCGGUGGCUGCGUCUGCCAGCUGUCUGACGACCAGCGCAUGGAUGAUCUGCCUGGUGCCAUCAACGCCUGCCGCGCCAACUUCCUCUUCAUGACGCCCACUGCUCUGGCACUUCUACGCCCUUCUCAAGUGCCCUGCGUUGAUGACGUCGUCAUUGGCGGAGAGCCGCUCCGUCGUGACCUUGUCGUGACCUGGGCCCCACAUGUCCGCUUAAAUAACGGCUACGGCCCAGCUGAAGCCGCUGUUCAGGCUACGCAGAACUCGAAUCUGACGCCUGCGACGGAGCCUUCAUGUAUCGGCCGCAGCACUUGCUGCAAAACUUGGAUCGUCGACAUCGCCGACGACUCCCGCCUUGCUGCCGUCGGUGCCGUGGGUGAACUGUGGCUGGAAGGCCCUGCUGUGGCUCGAGGAUAUCUCGGCUUGGAGAAGGAGACCGCCGAAGCCUUCGUGACCCGGCCUGCCUUUUUAGACGAGGGAGCCAUGAACCGCUUCUAUCGUACCGGAGACCUCGUGCGCUACGAAGUCGAUGGUAGCAUCAGAUUUCUUGGCCGCAAAGACACACAGGCUAAAAUACGAGGACAACGCCUGGAGCUAUCUGAAGUCGAGUAUCACGCCUCUGACAUUCUCGACCAAAGCAUGACCGUCGCCGCUGAGAUCGUCGUGUCCGCCCAGAAGGACGUGCUGACCUUGUUCGUCGAAGGCUCGGAUUCAUCGGCAGAAUCUAAGCUGCAAGCACAACUUCCCACCAGACUUCCAGGAUACAUGGUGCCGUCCCAAAUAUUCCUUGUCCAACAACUUCCACGCUUGGCAGCAUCAAAUAAACUGAACCGCACCGAACUACGCGCCCUCGGCGCUGCCCUGGCGCUCAGUGCCGCCACCUCUCUGCCCGCCAAAGAGCAACCGCACGGGCACGUUGAGGUGCUGCUGCAACGCUUGUGGAGUGAAGUUCUCGAUAUUCCGGUGCUUCAGAUUGGUGCACAUGACGGUUUCCUCCGGCUUGGCGGGGAUUCGUUGGACGCAAUGAAGCUGGCUGCUGCAGCUCGCAGGCGAGGCUUCGCCCUCAGCGUCGCCAGCAUCAUGACCAAGCGGACAUUGUCCGACAUGGCGCUGGAAAUGAAGGCUGCCAAUGCAAAUGAACACGUCCACAUUCCAGCCUUCUCACUCAUCAAACACGACAGCAAGCCGGCUGACAUCGGUAGCCAGCUGGCGAAGGAGACGGGCAUCGCGGCGGACUUCAUUGAGGAUGCGUAUCCCUGCACGUCCCUGCAGGAAGGCCUCUUCACGGCAUCUCUAAGGCAGCCGGGCGCCUACAUUUCCCGUUAUAUCAUCAACAUCGGUCCGCAAGACGACGUCGAGCGCCUGCAGCAAGCAUGGCAGUCUGUGCUCAAAGCGCACCCCAUUCUGCGGACACGGAUCGUGCAGCCGCAAGGGAUGGGUGCGAUGCAGGUGGUAGUCAGCGCCGAGGUGGAGACCGCCUGGCAAUAUGCCGAUGACGUGGACAGCUACCUCGUGAGGGACCGCGCCGUUCCGAUGCAGCUGGGCGACGCGCUGAUCCGAUUUGGCAUCGUGGCAAACACCAAGUUUGUCUUGACCUUGCACCAUGCCAUAUACGAUAGCAUCUCGCUUCCUCUAUUGGCUGGCGCCUUGAAGAAAGCCUACCGCGGAGAAAGCGUCCCGCGAGCCCCGUCCUACAACCAUUUCAUCAAGUGGAUGUCGAACCUGGAUGCUAAAGCCUCGGAGAGAUUCUGGGCAUCGUACCUGGACGGCUGCUUGGCGCCGUCUUUCCCUCCUGCCUCUGCCCCCGCUCGUGUUUUCAACGCCAGCCUCAUUGCCAAACGUCACAUCGCCGUCAAGAGGAAGCAUGGAUCCAGCCUCACAACCGCCACCUUCCUCCAGACUGCCUGGGGCAUCCUGCUUGCUCGAUACAGCGAAGCACGGGAUGUUGUCUUCGGCGUCACACGAUCAGGUCGCACUGCCCCCCUUCCCCAGAUCGAUGAGAUGACUGGCCCGACGAUUACUACGGUGCCCCUUCGUGUUCAGCUGGGCGACGGUGCACAGCCAAUCAUCGAGUUGUUGAAGCAAGUGCAACAAACGUCGACGCAAAUAAUCGAGCAUCAGUAUUUCGGCCUUCAGGCUAUCCGCCGCGUGAACGAUGAUGCGAAGAUGGCAUGCGAGUUCCGCACUUUGAUCGAGCUGCACGCCCCCGGAGCCGAGGUUGCCAUCGGCAGUGAAGACGGCUUCGAUAUCCUGCGUGGAGAGCAGGACGACGGUGACGUUGCAAAUUUCCACGUCUACCCUCUCGUUGUCACUUGCUCCUUUAGUGACGCGGGCAUUGAUGUGCAGGCUGCUCACGACCCGGAGGUGCUAACUCCCUUCCAGAUGCAGCGCAUGCUGGGACAGCUUGACAAUAUCCUUCACCAGCUAGCUCAUGCAGACUCAACGAUGAAGCUCGAGGACAUUGAUGUUGUUAGCGACGACGACCGAGCUCUCCUGCGCGAGUGGACCACUGGGCACACGCCAGUGAUCGAGAAGUGUCUGCACAGUCUUUUCGAGGAGCAGGCUGCCAGAAGCCCUGGACGCCCUGCCCUUUGCACAACUACGACUACCAUGAACUAUGCGGAGGCGGACAUGUACGCGAACUGCGUCGCCCACCAGCUGCGCCUCCGGCUCCUGGAAAUACAACCUGGCUUCAUCGCCAUGUGCUCAGAGAAGUCUGUCUGGGCCAUCGUAGCCAUGCUCGGCAUUCUCAAGGCAGGCCAUGCUGUUGUUUUGAUGGAUCCCAGUCAGCCGGAGGAGCAGCUGCGCAAACUUGCGGAAACGGCUGGCAUCAGGUUGGCACUGGCCUCGCCAUCAGCCGCUGCAAAACUGUCCUUCGUCGAUCUUAUCACUAUUGACUCAUCUACUGUCCAAGCAUGGCCCGAGUCAAGCGAGCGGAGCAGCACCAAUUCCCGCAGCCCAGCGUUUGCCAUCUCCACUUCCGGCAGCAUCGGAGAGCCUGAGGUCUGCGUAAUCGAACAUUGCAGCUUCGCCUCUGCUGCGCGCUGCCAUGCGGCUGCCUUCCAAAUUGACGCAGAAAAGCGCGCGCUGCAAUUUUCCUCGUACGGCAAUGGCGCUGUGCUCAUCGAGAUGCUGCCGGUGCUGCUGGCCGGUGGCUGCGUGUGCGUGGCCUCGGAGCAGGACGAACUUGUUGACAGCAUCAACAGCCUGGACGCCAACUGGGCCAUCCUCACGCCCUCAUUGCUCGAGCAGCUGGGCGGCCCACAGCGCGUCCCUCAGCUGAAGACGGUCAUCACCGCCGGCGAGCGGCUCCAAGCCCACGCCGUAGCCCGUUGGGCGCCCGCGCUGACGCUGCUGCACGGCUACGGCCAAGCCGAGGCGAGCGGCAUUUUCACACUCACAGAGCCCUUGGCACCCGGUACCAAUCCACGCAACAUCGGCCGCUGUGUUUCCGGCCGCGCAUGGGUCGUCGAACCCGACAACCACGAGAAGCUGUGCCCCGUGGGCGCCGUAGGUGAGUUGCUAAUCGAGGGUCCGCACCUGAGUUCGGGGUACAUCGACAGCCCUAACGCCACGGCCGCCACGUUCGUCACCAGGCCAGCGUGGCUAGACACCGUGGAACCGGCAGAGAGGGUACUGAGGACGGGCGACCUGGUGCGCUGGUGCGCAGGUGGGACGCUGGAGCACCUCGGCCGCCGGGACACGCAGGUCAAGAUCAGCGGCCAGCGCGUCGAGCUAGGUGAAAUUGAGGACAGCCUGCGCGAGCUGCUCACGGCCAAGGGUGGCGUUGACGGCGUCGCGGUGGAGCUUGUGAACGGCCGCCUGGUUGCUUUCUUGGUCCUCGCUGGCAACGCUGGCGAGGCUGACGUCCAGAGGAAGCUGGAUGAUGCUGUUCAGGGGGUACCGGAGCAGCUCGUGCUGCGUCUCCCCCGCUUCAUGCUGCCCGCCGCCUUCCUGCCACUGCAGCGGCUCCCGCUCACGCCGGCGAACACGCUGGACCGGAGGGCGCUGCGGAGUAUCGGUACGGGGCUGCUGGCGCAACGUCGCCAGGCUAAUUUCGUCAGUGCGAAGGAGGAGAACUUGAACGAUAUGGAGAGCCGGCUGCUGGUGUUAUGGAGGGCCACGCUCGGCCCGCGGGCGGAGAUGACUGCCGACAGCAAUUUCGUCGAGCUUGGAGGAGACUCCCUCGACGCCAUGAUGCUCGUCUCCUCAGCGCGCCGUCAAGGCAUCCACCUGACCGUCGCCGACAUCUUCAAGCACUCCAAGCUCGCCGACAUGGCGCUCGUCGCGACGAGGACCGCAGCAGGAACCAAGGCCGAGAACGGAUCCAAGACCGGCUACCGCCCGUUCUCCACGCUCCGAUCCGAGGGCGAUCUGGACGCCCUGCUCCGCCUGCACAUCGCGCCGCGGCUAAACGUCAGCCCGGCUGACAUCGAAGACGCGGCGUGGGCAACGCAACUCCAGACGCAGAUGGUGGCGGCCUCGCAGCUGAAGGAGCGGCACGCCGUCUACUACCUGACGCUGGACCUCUCCGCCGGCGGUCGUGCCAUGGACGCCGAGAAGCUCAAGGAUGCGUGCAGGAAGGUUGUCGCGCGCUACGAUAUCCUCCGCACCGUCUUCGUCUACUACAAGCACCGGCUGCUGCAGGUCGUCGUCCGCGAUCCGGAUGUCGAGAUCGAGGAUCAGGAUGUUGGGCCAGGACAAGCCAGCUUCGAGGAUGAGACCAACGCGUAUGUGCGGAGAGACAGACAGCGACCAGCCCCUAUCAGUGAGCAGGGCGUCCGCUUUGCUGUUCUGAGGGGAAGUGACGCCACACGCCUCGUUAUCCGCUUUCCUCACGCCCAGUACGACGCCAUAUCCCUCUCGCUGAUCUUCUCUGCUAUCGAAUCCACUUACCACCAGCCCGCGUCUUCGCCGCCGCCGCCAUCACCACCCUCCUUCCUCGCUUUCCUCCACGCCGUCCAGUCUCUCCAACCCGCCGCCCAGCGCUUCUGGCAAACUGAGCUUGCCGGUAUUACCCGCGUGACGGAUAUCGUAGAGCGGCCGCACGACCUGCCUCCGAGCGCCUGGUUGCCCGUACAUCCACCCAAGUCGACCCGUACUCGCGUCCUUCGUGGUCCGGAGAGAGGACGUGGCACGAGGUUUCCGUUCUCGACUGUGCUCAAGGCUGCUUGGGCGGCGGUGCUGGCGGAGCUGUCGUCCAGCUCCAGCAAACCCUCCUCCUCCUUGCCGCCGGAUGAAUCACCCGAUCAACCAUACGACCAUUCAUCCGACGAAUCCUCUUCCCCCCAACCAUCUGACGACCAAUCAUCCCAAUCGUCCAACCACCCCGAUGAUGACAACCUUGAAGGAAGCGCCAUCGUCUUCGGCGAAAUCCUGGCCAACCGCUCCGCCGUGCCUUUCCCCCGCGUCGACGAGGUGGCUGGGCCGUGCAUCACGACGGCGCCGGUUAUUGUGCGCGGGCUGCUUGGCGGCCGAUCUGCAUUAGAGCCGGCAGAGCUGCUCAAGCGUGUUGACGACACAGCACUCAGGGCCAGGCCGUUUCAGAGUGUGGGGUUCUUUGAGCAUUUGGGUGGGUUGGACAGUGGUUUCGGGGACGAGGAAGGGAAGAUGGAGGGGAGGAAGCGCCAGCGGACCCUUCGGCGGUUUGGCUCGGUGGUGCAGCACUUGAAUAAGCAUAUGGCGGGGCUGCUGGAUGGUGUCGGGGAGAAGGUGGGCAAUGAAGGGUGUGUUGGCGGCGGCGGCGGCGGCGGCUCUGAGGAGAGAGUCGGGUGGGUGGGUGAGCCGUGGGAUUUGGCGGAUGUGACGGUUGAGACGAAGGUGGUUAUGGGCGAAGAGCAAGUGGAGGGGAGUGAAGAGGGGGGAAGAGAAGCGGUGAGUGUUUCGCUGCAUUCGUGUGAUGAGGUCGUGCCGGCGGUGUUGGCAGAGGCGAUGAUGGAGAGAUUGUGUGGGUGGAUUGAGGUGUUGUGGGCGUGUGAAAGUGAAGAGACCAACAGUGUCGUGGCUAAUGGCAACGGCCUACUGGAGGUGGGAUGGCAGAGGAAGAAGGGCGAGGGACUGAGGAUUCCGGUUUCUAUGCCUGUGGCUGCUGCUACAAGAGCGACCGUUGGGACUAAUGGUCUUGCUGAUGCUGCGGCGCCAUCUCGUCAUACCCAGGAGCGACAGCAGCAGCAGCAGCAGCAGCAGCAGCAGCAGCAGCAUGAAGAGAAAUUGGCAUUGUGUUUGGAAUGCCAGAGGGAAGUCCUCCUUGGAACGAAGAUUUGUCAGAACGAGCCACCCCCUGCGCCACUACUAUCACCGGAUGCAUCGUUCUUUGAUAAGAUGGCGGCGAAUGGUAAUGAAAGCCACAAUCAAACCAAUUUGAACAACGUUCAGCAAUGCCUCAUCAUACAUCACUCCGCCUAUCCCAACUAA